AUGUUAUUUGUUUUUUAUUUGUUUUUUUCGUUAAAAAGUCAUCUGUCCCACAUGAGCGAGUAGUUUUAACAGUCCGUCUGACAAUGAAUCACAAGUUUCUCCACGCCCUGGGCGGCGCCAGUUUAAGUUCAAUGACAGCUGACUCUAGGUACCAUGAUCCACAGUUCUCUACGAUGCAUAACAAACAAAAAGAACAUCUAUACAAAAUCCUGGUCAUCGGUGACUUGGGAGUGGGUAAAACCAGCAUCAUCAAACGCUAUGUUCAUCAGACAUACUCCACAAACUACAGAGCGACUAUCGGUGUGGAUUUUGCGCUCAAGGUUCUGAACUGGGACUCCGAGACGGUCCGGCUACAGCUGUGGGACAUCGCAGGUCAGGAGCGCUUCGGGAACAUGACCCGGGUUUAUUACAGGGAGGCCAUGGGGGCGAUCAUUGUUUUCGACGUAACCAGGCCCACAACAUUUGAGGCCAUUUCUAAAUGGAAGGAGGAUCUGGACUCGAAAUUAAUACGUUCAAAUGGCCAGGGUAUUGCCACAGUGCUCCUGGCCAAUAAGUGUGACCAAAAUAGAGACUUUCUGACUAACAACAGCCUGAAAAUGGACCAAUACUGCAAAGAGAAUGGCUUUGUUGGCUGGUAUGAGACGUCAGCUAAGGAAAACGUCAACAUUAACGAAGCAUCCAACUUCCUGGUGAAACACAUCAUGGCUAGUGAGAAUGACAUCCUUAAGUCAGUUGUUCCUGAUACCAUCUCGCCUCAGCUGAACUCUACUAAAGAACUACCAUGUUCUGCCUGUUUCAAACCUUAAAUCACUACGCAUGAAAGCGGCAGGGAUGGAAUGAAAGUCAUAUCCGUCAUAUCCGAAUACCUCUGAUUCCUGCAUUAUGGUCAGUCAUCGAUAAGCCAAAAUCAAUUAACAGCAGCCUGUCUGUAGAGCAUUAAACUAAAGACUUUUAUUUAUGUAUGACGUUGCACUUUUUAUGUCUAACAAAAGUUGCAUGCACUAGAGAUGAAACCUUAUUUAUGUUCAGACGCACAUGAAAAGAUUAUGAUAACUAUAUUGAAGGGAUAGUUCACCCCAAAAAUAAAAAAUCAUCAUUUAUUCACCUUCGUGUUGUUCAAAACCUGUGUAUGACUCUGUCUUCUGUGAAACACAAAAGAUAUUUUGAGAAAUGUCUCAGUGUCCAUACAAUGGAUGUCAAUGGGGGUCAAUGUUGUUUGGUUACCAACGUUCUUCAAAAUAUUUUCUUUUGUGUUCUGCAGAAUAAAGAAAGUCAACCGGUUUUAAAUGACAACAGGGUUAAAAAAGGUUCAUUUGUGGGUGAACUAUCCCUCAAAGGAACAAAAGUAGUUAAUACAUCAGUGGACCAAGUCUGAUGGACCAAGUUUCAAUAACCUCAUUGUCAAAAGAUACAUCAAAUGUUUUUGUCUUAAACUGCAUUCAAGGUAUCAAUUUCAGUUUCAUCGAUUUCUCACCCUUGACAUUGGCAUUGCUGGCACCAGGCUUUACCAGCUGAGCUACAUGAACAGUUUAGUUUCAAACUAAACAAAGCCUUCAUACUUGAACACCUGCUCUGUCUUAUCUCUCACCACCCUCUCUCACUCUGCAUCUCGAAUCUCUUCACUGUACGCAGUGAUUCAGUGUAUGACUCAUUGACAUUAUAUAAAUCUUUCAUGAUUCCCUACAUCACCACGUUCUAUCAAACGCUUUAAUGUGUGUAUCGAUUGGCUGCCGUUCCAUAUCCAGCUGUACCUGCGGCAAACGCUUUUAUUCCCUGAUAUUAUUUGUGUGUGUGGGAGGUGUUGAAUAAUUAUUGUGUUGUAUUGUAAAGUUUUCAUGAGCCACUUUGUCUAGAAUGAGAAUGUUUUUCAGGGUAUAACUACACCUUGAGAAAUAAAAAUGUUUUGUUUUACAACGAAUGUAAUGUGACAAAAACACUCACUGUUUUAGCGAGAAAAAUAUUUCAUGUUAUAGAAUGAAAAACACUGUAUGAAUCUACUGUCAAGCUCACACAUAUUCGACUGAAUGAAAG